GAAGAUCUAGAGCUGAUUUGCAACCCGCCGAAGCAGAUCUGGAGAAGAAGGAAAAUGUCUCCUGUCUCCACACGCACCGUUCUAGGAUCAGCUGGCCGUUAGGAAAACGCAAACAGCAAAGUGGAAGCAGGUGUCCUUGCCAAAUAGAAGAUACCUAGCUUGCUAGCGACGUCCGGCCGGAGCGCCUCCGAUGUGCGCACUUUACCCAUAACUGACCUUAGAGCAGUGUGUAAGCUCAUUCUCAUCCUACCCCGGACGUUGCAAACAAAUAUAGAAAGGUUCAGGAGAAACUCUUCCUCACUCCAAAACAGUCACCCAGGAAUUGAAGAGGAAGUGACAUCAGAGCAGAUGGAAUCAAAUCAGAGCCUGGCGGGGGUGGACUCCCAGGGCAACAUGGUGUUCAGAGUGGUUAAACCUGCCAUGGGCAUCUUCCAAGUCUCCUCAGAACAGACCAACUCUGUCGGACAGGGGGGGUCGCAGCAGAUGAUGGUUGGGGGGCUGACAGGGUUACAAGGGUUAUCCAAUCUCCCCUCCAUGGUGCUGGAGGAUGGACAGGGCCAGCAGCAAAUGGGGGACGUGAACCAGAUGCAAGCCCAGAUUCAGAUCCCAGCAGAGGACAUGUCCCAGACCCAGGAUGCCGCUCCGAACCACAACCACGUACCCCAUGUUCCGUUUGCAGAGGUGUCGUCUCUCUUGGACCCCAACAUGAAGAGUUCCAAGGCCCGCAAGUACCUGAUACCCUAUGACGAGAUCAAGCGUCGUCUGGAGGCUCCAGAGAAGAUGUCUCUGCGUUCACUAGCAGCCUACACCAGGGUCAGCCGUGGCCCGGCCAGCAAGAAAACCCUGCAGGAGUCUCUAAAUAUACUGGGUCUUACUCCUGGUACUACUACUUCUGUGUCUUCUUCCUUUUCCAAGCUCACAGAGGGUGACACCAAAGCCCUGUGUAACGACAUGAAGGACUUUUCCCAUGACUACAUAGACUUUGGCAACAUGGCCAAGCAGCUUAUUCCAGAGACCAACACUGUCCAACACUGGUCCAAGGUCAUAGAAACCAGGAGCCACCUGGAAGCGAUGAGGAAGUGUUUUCGUGACCCGGUCAACAGUGCGUCGUUCGACAACGUGACUCACGGCUUGGGCCUCGGGAUGCUCGACGCCGCCCUCGACAUGAUUACCAUGGUGAUCGACAAACAAAUUCGCAUCCUGUCUGGCGCUGCGGCAACCGAUCCCGUCGACACCGGCCCUCCAAUGAGACGCAUCCGCCGCCGCCACCGCAAGCCCAGAGACAACGGCAACGACAAAUUGCACGGGUCGCUGGGCGGGGUUAAAGGUCAAGAGAAAGGGCCAGGGAAGGGCAAAGGGAGGGGCAGAGGCAGGAAGAAGAUGCGGCUGCAGGAGUCUGGAGCUCCGGUUGGUGUUGCCAUGGAUACAACCCAGCAGCAGGAUCAAGAGCAUUGUCAGCCGGAGGAUGUGGAGAGCAGUGUUCUCACACUUGUCUCUGUUGGUUACGAGACCAUCUCCAGCGGCCUCAAUGCCACAGGACAGAUCUGAAGAUGUUUAACGGUUGAACAAACAAUGCUUAACACGGGAAUCAGACUUUGCUUAAUAUUUUCCCAUGGGGAAGCUGGGAGCGGAACUGUCUUAGUAACGUUGUGAUGUUAAGACACAACUCUGCUCUGGCCCACAGAACCCUAAACACUGAGAGGGAGGCAUUCAGUGACCUCACAGCAUUCUGGUUUAGAGUUUUGUUUUUGAAUGUUGCAGCUCUUGCCUACUGAUAAAUUCAAUCAAUUGAAUUUAGUUUUUUUGUUGUCAGUUAGCACAGAGGUGAAGAACGCAGCUUUGUUCAAGUGGAAUUCAAGUCAAUCCAAAGAUAACUGAUUAUAUUGAAAAACCUACAAUGUAGAAAUGAGUCUUAAUUCUGGUCUUUGGGUUAAGGCAAUCCCUUCAUUCCACCUACUCAUCUGGUAUUUGAUAGCCCCGUUUAUUUAUAUCAUGAGUGGACUAGUUAUAGCCCUCUCAAUCUCCAUGAUUGUAACAUAGGGAACACAUCAUGCCAGUACUUUGUCAAUGAUUGUAUGUUUAUAUUGAAACCUGGAUUGCUGAAAUACUUGUAUUAAAGCUUUCAUUUUAUUAA